CGUGAAGAUGGCGUGCGCAGGCGCAGGAAGGGCUACGCGCGCGUGAGGGGCUGGAGACCGGAAGUUGAAGCUUUCGUGGCGGUUAAUGAGCAUUCAGGGCCUGAAAAUCCAGGGUGAACUGUGUAUAUCCCAGAGAUCACUGCAGCAGUCAUGAGAUGCCCUGUGUGCCACCAGCUUGGCCUAGGCCCCUGGCCACUUAUUCUGCUGUCACCUGUGGUGAUCCUGUGCCAUCCAUGAGGAGGAAAAUCAGCUCUUUGAAGAGAAAGUGAUUCCUUAUCGCAAGCACUGGCAUCUCACUGCAGGAGGUGGGGAAUGGAUGAGAAUGUUUGGUCCAGGUGAUCAGAACUGAGGCCAGUUUUGUGACAGUGCCGUGAUUAGGUACAACAUGCCUCCUCCUUCCAGAACAAGGGAGGGCAGGGAUCACCGGGACCGCCACCGGGCGCCCAGUGAGGAGGAGGCUCCAGAGAAAUGGGACUGGAAUUGUUCAGAGACGCGGCGUCUCUUCGAGGAUGCCUUCUUCCGUGAUGAAGAUUACAUCCGCCAGGGUUCUGAGGAGUGCCAGAAGUUCUGGACCUUCUUUGAACGUUUACAGAGAUUCCAGAAUCUCAAGACCACCAGGAAGGAGGAGAAAGAACCUGGGCAUCCCGAGCCCAGCAUCCCAGCACUGGCUGACCUACCUCGAACUUACGACCCGCGUUACCGCAUCAACCUCUCUGUCCUCGGCCCUGACACUCGAGGCUCUCGGGCACCGGGCAGGCACCUGCCGCGGGAGCGAGUGUCCGAGUUCCGCCAAGCCCUGCUGCACUACCUGGACUUUGGCCAGAAGCAAGCCUUUGGGCGGCUGGCCAAACUGCAGCGCGAGCGGGCAGCGCUUCCCAUCGCGCAGUACGGGCACCGCAUCCUGAAGACGCUGAAGGAGCACCAGGUGGUGGUGGUGGCAGGUGAUACAGGCUGCGGCAAGUCCACUCAGGUGCCCCAGUACCUGUUGGCCGCUGGCUUCAGUCACGUGGCAUGCACCCAGCCUCGGCGAAUCGCCUGCAUCUCACUGGCCAAGCGCGUGGGCUUUGAGAGCCUCAGUCAGUAUGGCGCACAGGUCGGCUACCAGAUCCGCUUUGAGAGCACGCGUUCGGCGGCCACCAAGAUUGUGUUCCUGACAGUGGGCUUGCUCUUGAGGCAAAUCCAGCGAGAUCCCAGCCUGCCCCAGUACCAGGUCCUGAUCGUGGAUGAAGUCCACGAGCGGCACCUCCACAACGACUUCCUCCUGGGCAUCCUCCGGAGCCUGCUGCCCCAGCGGCCUGACCUCAAGGUCAUCCUCAUGUCAGCCACCAUCAACAUCUCGCUCUUCUCCAGCUACUUCGGCAGUGCCCCUGUGGUGCAGGUGCCCGGGAGGCUGUUCCCCAUCACGGUCGUGUACCAGCCGCAGGAGGCCGAGCCGACAACGUCCAAGUCGGAGAAGCUGGACCCGCGGCCCUUCCUCAGGGUGCUGGAGGCCAUUGACACUAAGUACCCUCCCGAGGAGCGGGGCGACCUCCUCGUCUUCCUCAGCGGCAUGGCCGAGAUCAGCGCCGUGCUCGAGGCCGCCCAGACCUAUGCCAGCCACACGCAGCGCUGGGUGGUGUUGCCACUGCACAGUGCCCUCUCUGUGGCCGACCAGGACAAGGUAUUUGACGUGGCCCCCCCAGGAGUCCGGAAAUGCAUUCUCUCCACCAACAUUGCCGAGACCUCUGUCACCAUUGAUGGGAUCCGCUUUGUAGUAGAUUCUGGGAAGGUGAAGGAGAUGAGCUACGACCCCCAGGCCAAACUGCAGCGGCUGCAGGAGUUCUGGAUCAGUCAGGCCAGUGCUGAGCAGCGGAAGGGCCGGGCGGGCCGCACAGGCCCCGGCGUCUGCUUCCGCCUCUAUGCCGAGUCAGACUACGAUGCCUUCGCCCCCUAUGCAGUCCCGGAGAUCCGGAGGGUAGCCCUGGACGCGCUGGUGCUGCAGAUGAAGAGCAUGAGUGUGGGAGACCCCCGAACCUUCCCUUUCAUUGAGCCCCCACCACCUGCCAGCCUAGAAACAGCCAUCCUCUACCUCCGGGACCAGGGGGCCCUGGACAGCUCAGAGGCCCUCACCCCCAUUGGGUCACUGCUGGCCCAGCUGCCUGUGGACGUCGUGAUUGGGAAAAUGCUCAUCCUGGGCUCCAUGUUCCACCUGGCGGAGCCCGUGCUCACCAUGGCCGCCGCGCUCAGCGUUCAGUCACCCUUCACCCGCAGCGCCCAGAGCAACCUGGAGUGUGCAGCAGCUCGGCGGCCCCUGGAGAGUGACCAGGGUGACCCCUUCACGCUCUUCAAUGUCUUCAAUACCUGGGUGCAGGUGAAAUCUGAACGGAGCAGAAACUCGCGCAGGUGGUGCCGCCGCCGGGGUAUAGAGGAGCACCGUCUGUACGAGAUGGCCAACCUGCGGCGCCAGUUCAAGGAGCUGCUGGAGGACCACGGGCUGCUGGCUGGGGCCCGGGCCCCGAAGCCGGGGGACAGCUACAGUCGGCUGCAGCAGCGCCGGGAGCGCCGGGCCCUGUACCAGCUGAAGCGCCAGCACGAGGAGGGCGGGGGGCGCAGGCGCAAGGUGCUGUGUCUGCAGGGGGACCAGGACGGCUGCUCCAGUGAUGAGGACCGGGGUGGCACAGCCUCCCGGGGGGCUGGCGACAAUGUGGACAUCCAGGAUGUGAAAUUUAAGCUGCGGCAUGACCUGGAGCAGCUGCAGGCGGCCGCCAGCUCGGCCCAGGCCCUGACCCGGGGCCAGCUGGCCCUGCUCAAGCUCGUGCUGGGCCGGGGCCUCUACCCGCAGCUCGCCAUCCCGGACCCGUUCAACAGCGGCCGCAAGGACUCGGACCAGAUUUUCCACACCCAGGCCAAGCAGGGUACCGUACUGCACCCCACCUGCGUCUUCGCCAGCAGCCCCGAGGUGCUGCACACACAGGAGCAGGAGGCCAGGGGCGGCGAAGGGAGCCGAGACGACAAGGACAAGAUGAGCAGCAGGCACCAGCUCCUCACCUUCGUCUCCCUGCUGGAGACCAACAAACCGUACCUGGUGAACUGCGUCCGCAUCCCGGCUCUCCAGUCCCUCCUGCUGUUCAGCCGGUCCCUGGACACCAAUGGUGACUGCUGCCGCCUGGUGGCCGAUGGCUGGCUGGAGCUCCAGCUUCCGGACAGUGAGAGUGCUGUCCGGCUCCUGGCGGCUUCCUUGCGGCUCCGUGCCCACUGGGAACAUGCCUUGGACCGGCAGCUGGCUCGUCAGGCCCGCCGGGGGCAGCGGCAGCCAGAGGGGGAGGAGGAGGAAGAGGAAGAGGAGGCUCCCGUCCCCCGCAAGGAGGUGGAGGCCCUGAGCAGGGAGCUGCUGCAGUUCAUGGCGUCCAAGGUUCUCUAUAGCCUCCGGCGUCUCACGGGGCUGGAAGCCCAGAACCUCUAUGUGGGACCCCAGACCAUCACAACUGCCCCCAGUCUCCCCGGCCUCUUUGGCAACUCCACCCUGUCCCCCCACCCCACCAAAGGGGGCUACGCAGUCACUGACUUCCUCACCUACAACUGCCUCACUAGCGACACGGACCUGUACAGCGACUGUCUCCGUACCUUCUGGACCUGCCCCCACUGCGGCCUGCACAUGCCGCUGACGCCCUUGGAGCGCAUCGCGCAUGAGAACACCUGCCCUGAGGCCCCGCAGGACGGCCCCCCGGGGGCUGAGGAAGCCGCCCCCGAACCCCCGCAGAAGGCGUCGGCCCUGCAGAGGCCUUACCACUGCGAGGCCUGCCAGCAGGACUUUCUGUUCACGCCCACGGAGGUGCUGCGGCACCGGAAGCAGCACGUGUGAGCCCAGCACAGGGACUGGCGCUCCCCCUGAGCCCCCGCCCCUGGCUCAGAACUGUGGCCUGCCCCCCCCCCCCCCGAAGUGGGGAGGCGGCGUGAGGAAAGUGUCAGCAUACUGAGUCGGACCUUUCAGCUUGCUCCUGCCCACCCUGCAAGGAGCAGCUGCCCCGUGGGUCGAACCCACGGUCUCGCUCUCAUGCCGUCCGAUGGGGCCUGGGGUGGUUGUGGCCGAGUAGGGACUUCUGCUUUGGGGACAGGAUCGUGGUCCUCUGGCUGCUGCUCUCCCCUGUCUGUUCGGGGCCUCUGCUUUCCCUUGAACGCAGGAGACCAGGCACUGGCGCAUCCACGCGUGUCACUUGGAGAGCUGGUGAGGAGGGUGGUGUCAGUGUUCACGUGGGACCGACCACAGGCUGCCCUGCAGGACCCACCCCCAGCACGGUCACGGGGGCCGUUCCUGCUGCAAGGUCCAUUCUCAGCCCCUCACGACGGUCCGGCCACGCUGUCCCCGUCCCUGAAGUGCCUCCUUGCCGUGGUGGGGAAGGGGGGCACCCCUGCCAUAUAUGCCCCCUCCCUGGCUGCCGUGCCUGGGCUGCUCUCAGGCCUCCUCCCCGCCCUGCCCUGCCCCCACCUCCCUCUGCCCGCGCUCCCCAUGAGCUCAGACAGUCCUCGGCUUCAUCCCGUCUCUCCCCCGCCCUUGGCCUGACCGCUGCCCUCCGUCCCAGCUCCAGUGUCCAGCUGCCUUCUUGGCAUCAACACGUGAAGCUUCAUGGGCGUCUCAGGCUUAACACAGCGGAAGCCAAAUUGGGUUCCCUGGGACAGCCCCCUCCCAGUAAGUCAGUUUUUAGUUAGUGCUCAUUCAUUCAGCCGUUUACCAUUCAUACAUUCAUCUGUUUCUCUCUCCCAACCAAGAUGUUUGAGCUUUACUUUCGGGAGUUUGUAUUCCCCCAAAUCAGAGGCCUGUGCCCCAGCUCAGUAACAGCGCACCUCCAUUCCCCGUUAGGCCGAGGUGCUCCAUGUCGCCUGGUCCCUCUCUCCCACCUGCUUGCACUCUUAGCCCAUCCCAUUGGCACCCCCUUCAAUAUGGAUCCAGCAUCUGACCGCUAGUCCCCUCCUGGCCUGGCCCCACCUGGGCUCCUGCCAUCCCACGCACGGACUGUUCUCCCCGCUGACCAAGGUCAAGCCGGCUGGUGUAACUGGUCAGUCACAUGUGCAUGUGGAAAUGGAAUGUUUUGAGUUUUCAAAACAUGGGACCAUACCACCCAUGGUUCUGCAACUUGCGCGUAGUGGAAUUCGGAGAUCUUGUGAGCCAGUGAGCCUGCACGUUCUUUUGCGUGGCUGCAGAGUGCUCCAUUACAUGGCUGUGCCACACGCUUGUGUAACGGCUUGUAUGGAGAGACAGUGAAGCUGCUUCCAAUCUUUGGCUCCUACAAACAGCUGGCAGUGAUAUCCUUGCACACAUGUAAUUCCCAGAUGCGUGGGUGUCUGUAGGAUAAAUGCCUGGAGGUGGGAUCGCUGGUCCAAGGGAAGGUGCGUUUUACAGGUCAUUUGAUCCAUUGUCCCAAUGUCCUGCCAUACAGGCCGUACCGACUUACAGUAGUUUUUAUUUCCCCUGAUCGCCAGUGAGCCCGAGCGUCUUUGCAUUAUCCUGGCCCAUUUGUAUUUCCUCUUCUGUGCUGUUUGUCCAAUCUUUUGACUAUGUUUUUCCUAGGCUCUUUGUCAUUUUCUUACUGGUUCACAGCAGCUCUUUAUAUAUUGUGGAUCUUAAGCUUCCUCAUAGAUGUAAUAAACAUUUCUCCCAGUCUGCUGCUUAUCCUUUGGCUUUGUUCAUGGUGACUUUACUCAAAACUUUUCCAUUUUGGGGUCGUCAGAUCUCUGUCCCUUUUCUGUUAUGGCCCCUGAAAAUGCCUUCCCCAACUCAGAGUGAAAAUCGAGAAAUAAAUGGAUGAAGGGACAGACUAACCUCAGAGCUUCCCCGCCCCUGUCCAGCCAAUCUCAGAACAUUAUGGCUUGUCAGGACACUGUUCUUGCUUUCCUUCCUUUUUCCACGUUAAAACAAAAUAAAAUGAAUGUCCUACAGGCAAGAAACAGAAUUCUUUAUAUUUGUGUUGGGGGGUGGGGAGCUGAAAAUGAAAGCCACCCAGUGUCUGUCAAAAAGCCUUAAGCAUCUCUAUUAUGUCCAUCCUGGGGAGUGAGUCUGAAGGAACCUGCUGGAAGAAGGGAGGAAACAAACUCUUAAUGCCCCGAGAUGGCCAUCAGGGCAUCUGUCCGAAUUGAGGAAACCCAGGGGUCAUAGCCCCUCAGGGGUGAACUCUAUACCCCUUAACAGUCAGUACCAGACGUUCUUAUUACCCACUCCUUACUUGGGGAGGUAAGUGUGUUCCGGUACGUGUGCAAAAACUCCAGGUGGAGCCAGGCUUUGCCAUUCUCACAAUUGCAUGGAAUAAACCUGGAGACAUCAUUUUGCACCCAUCAGAUUGGCCCAGGUUAAGAAGAUUGAUGAUGCCCCCUGCUGGUGAGUGUGGGGAAAUGGGCACUUGUAUCCACCUUGAAGGGAAUUGGUCCUUCUCUGGAAGAUCUAUUUAGCAGAAUCUUUAAACAUGCAAAUUCUGCACGUUUAAACAUGCACGUCUUCAUUCCAGUCUUUUAUUAGACUGGUGCAAAUGUAAUUGCGGUUUAAAACGUUAAAAAUAAUUGCAAAACCGCAAUUACUUUUGCACCAAUCUAAUAAAACUUUCCCUUGAAGCACUACAUACAGAAGUGCCCACAUCAUAAGUGAGCAGCUUAGUGAAUUUUCCCAGAAAAUGAAACCUACCUGUGCCACUAGCAUCCGGACCAGGAAAUAAACCAGACCAGCCCCCAGCAGCCCAGCUGCGGCUCCCUCCGCCCCGCCCUACCUCUGCCCCCUGCCCCCGGCCCCAAGGAGUGAUCAAUAGUCUGACUUCUAACACCAGUGCCCAGUGUUGACCAUUCUAGAACUUAAAAAAAAAAGUACUCUCUUGUGUCUGGCUUCUUGCAUUCAACAUCAUGUUGCAUGGAGCUGUUGUUUGUUCAUUCUGUUGUAUGAAUUAAUCACAGUGUAUUUAUUCUUUUGUCAUGGGCAUUUGGCUUGGUUCCCGUUACAAAUAAUGCUGCUAGAACACACGGUACCUGGCUUUUGGGAAGCACCUUUGUGUGUUUCGGUUGGGCAUAUAUCCAGUAGUGGAUCUGCUAGUCACAGGACUUUAUGUUCAGUUUUAGUAGAUUCUUCAAAAUUCUUUUCCAAAGUCGUUUUACCAAUUUGCGCUCCCACCAGCAAAGUAUGUAUGAGAGCUUGAAUUU